AUGCCUCCUAAGCUGCCGCGAGAGGCUCUGUGCCUCGGCCAGCCAGGAUGGCUUGCGCAGAUUCUCGUCAACUUCACCAGCAAACGUCAAUUCGGUAUCAGAUCACUCAAUCCGCCCAAGCACACUAAUUUCGACUCCCGACCGGGUCUUCCCCUGCUCAAAUCGACGCCUGCGGCUGCUCUGGAGCGCAAACUUAAGGCCGACGUCCUGCCAUUGCGUACGGGAGCGCUGGCCACCAAGCAAGGCAUGACGGCCAUCUACGACCCUGAGACCGGAAAACGCACCGCAUGCACUGUGCUGCAGCUAGAUCGCGUCCAAGUCAUCGCACACAAGACAGUUAACACACAUGGUUAUUUUGCCGUACAGGUCGGAGCCGGCUGGAAAAAAUCGACCCGAGUCACGAGGGCUAUGCUUGGCCACUUCUCGAUCGCCGGCGUUUCGCCAAAGAGAUAUGUUCAGGAAUUUCGCGUCAAGGAUAGUACGGGCCUCUUGGGUGUCGGCGAGGAGAUCACCGCAGACUGGUUUCAGGAGGGCCAAUUCGUCGAUGCUCGCUCAAACACUAAGGGAAAGGGGUUCGCCGGUGUGAUGAAGAGGCAUGGUUUCCACGGUCAAGAUCGCAGUCACGGUGUCAGUUUGGCACAUCGUUCGAUGGGUUCUUCUGGUCCCGGCCAGGGCGGUGGUUCUAGGGUGUAUCCUGGAAAGAAGAUGGCUGGAAACAUGGGUGGUGAACGGAACACAUUACAGAACCUAAAAGUUCUCAAAGUUGACAGUACAAACGGAAUUGUUGUUGUGAGCGGCUCUGUUAGCGGACCCAAGGGUUGUAUCGUGAAGAUUCAAGACGCUCUCAAGAAGCCAUGGCCCAAAAUCGAGCCAGUACCGAAAGCCAAAGCAGCACCGGAAGUCGAAGCAACACCUCAAUAG